AUGUCACACGCAAGCGCUCACGCCGAAUUUCAUUCUCUAUCUCUUUCUUUCUCUUCCAGCAGACACCGUUAAAGUAGCAUCAACAAAAACAACAACACAACAAAAACAACAGUACCGCAACAUCAGCAGCAGCUCAGCCUCAGCAUUAAAAGCUCCCACACACACCGUUACACAGUUGCGUGCCUAUGAGUGUACGCGUGUGGCAAUGUAUUUGACAGCCUUUCCCAUUUGGCCCUUGGUAUGCUUCGUGUAUUUUUUCUGUGUCGGGUUUGGCGACCUAACCAAAUACUCAGUAGAACGUAAUGGAGCUAGUGAUGUUGGCAACUUGCCGGAGAAUGCAUCUGGACGGUUGGAGUGGUUUAGACAGGAACAUGGGCGUGGUGCCGCUGGCUUAGAGGUCGGGAAUGAAUCUCAGGAAAACAACAGGUUGAUGGCUGAAAAGUUUCAAAAGAUUGGAACGAAAUUUAUUACCGUCUCCGAUUAUCCGCCGUUUCAAAGCCACAACGAAGACAGCCAGGAAGUGGAUCAAAAUGGCCACAUGGAGCCGGGUGUUGUGCAAUCAAAGACGGGGGGCAGUAAUCCGGGCGACGAGACUCCUAAGUUUCGUAACAUUGGAGCAAAGAAAAGUCGAACGGAGGUGGGAAACCCCAGGGAACUGGAUCGACUCAGUUCCCGUGGACGUGAUGGUUUCAUUGGCGGAGCCAAUAACAAGCAGAAGCCAUUUCGAGUGAAUCUAGCCGUUCUGGUUCAGGACGAUCCCAGUCAGCCGGGUGAGAAGUACACAAACUGCCAGAACCAAAAUGAAUCCGACGAGAGUGCCUGCAAGACGGAGGAGGAAACCACCGACCAGAUGUCCAACCUGCAAAAGAACUGCGAAACGACGGGUCUCCAUGUGAUGUGUCCGCGCACCUAUCGCUGCAUCAGUAAGUACUGGUUGUGCGACGGUGAUGACGACUGCGGUGACUAUUCGGACGAGACGCACUGCGGGGCCCGCACCAACUGCACGGAGGAUCAGUUCGAGUGCCUCAACGGAUUCUGCAUUCCCCGAACCUGGCUCUGCGACGGCGAGAAUGACUGCAAGGACUUUUCCGAUGAGACACACUGCAACCGCACCAGCUGCACGGACGAACAUUUCACCUGCAACGAUGGCUACUGCAUCUCCCUAGCCUUUCGCUGUGACGGCGAGCCCGACUGCAACGACAACUCUGAUGAGCACAAGUGUGCCGCGGUGAUCAACAGCUGUCCCGAAGGAGAGUUUAAGUGCCGCGGUGGUCUUGGCGGCGCCGGCGGUCCUAGUGGCCAGUGUAUACUAAAUCGCUUCCGGUGCGAUGGUGACAAUGACUGCGGCGAUUGGAGUGACGAGGAGAAUUGCCCACAGAAGCCAUCGCUCUGCACUUCGAACGAGUACAAGUGUGCGGAUGGAACCUGUAUACCGAAGCGCUGGAAGUGCGACAAGGAGCAGGACUGUGACGGUGGCGAGGAUGAAAACGAUUGCGGAAGCUUGAGCUCAGAGCAUCCAUUGACAUGCGGCACGGAUGAGUUUACCUGCAACAAUGGACGCUGCAUUUUGAAAACGUGGCUCUGUGAUGGGUAUCCCGACUGCACAUCCGGCGAGGAUGAGGUCGAAUGUCACCUGCAGUGCGACGUUGGCCAGUUCCUGUGCCCAACCAAACAAAACGUAACACAUCUGAAAAUAUGUGUUCACCAGAAGCACAUUUGCGAUGGCCACAACGAGUGUCCGGCUGGCGAGGACGAGAAGGACUGUCCCAGGGAGCAAAAGUGCUCGGAACCCAGGCAGUGUGAGCAGCUCUGCAUCAAGACGAACAUGGGAUUGGACGAGUGUGCCUGUCGCCUGGGCUACGUAAUGAACAAGAACAAGGUCAACUGCACAGACAUCGACGAGUGCCAGUAUAUGACCAGUCCGGUAUGCUCUCAAAAGUGUCACAAUACCCUGGGCUCCUUUAAAUGCUCCUGCGAAAUAGGCUAUAUUCUGCGCCCGGACUUACGUUCCUGCAAGGCUCUGGGUGGAGCCAUGACCCUGCUGGUGGCCAAUCGGUGGGACAUACGACGCGUAACGCUGAGCAAUAACCGGUACACAGCAGUUGUCAAGGGGCUGCACAAUGCCAUUGCCCUGGACUUCCAUCAUCGUCGGGGACUAAUGUUCUGGUCUGAUGUGUCCACGGAUGUCAUCAAAAUGGUGUUCAUGAAUGGUACCCGGGUUCGCGAUGUCAUCAAGUGGGGAUUGGAGUCGCCGGGCGGCAUAGCCGUGGACUGGAUACACGACCUGCUCUUCUGGACCGAUUCCGGUACAAGGCGCGUGGAAGUGUCCAACUUUCAGGGUAAUCUUCGAACAGUAAUUGCCUCGAGUGACCUGGACAAGCCGCGAGCCAUUGUGGUGCAUCCGGGUGAGGCACUGGCCUUUUGGAGUGACUGGGGACCCAAUCCCAAAAUCGAACGUGCCCACAUGGACGGUACACAGCGAAGGGUCAUAAUUUCCAAGGGCGUUACAUGGCCCAAUGGCCUGGCCAUAGAUUAUCCGAACGGCAAAAUCUACUGGGCGGAUGCAAAGCAACAUGCCAUCGAGUGCUCCAACCUAGAUGGCACUGAACGGAAUAAGAUCCUUAGCACUCACCUGCCACAUCCCUUUGCCCUGACCAUCUUUGAGGACACCAUGUACUGGACGGACUGGAACACUAAGACUGUCUCAGCGGCGGACAAGACAACGGGCAAGGAGUUUCGAGCGGUUCACGAGAACUUUCACUUCCCCAUGGACAUCCAUGCCUUCCAUCCAGCCCGGCAGCCAGAAUAUCCGGAUCGCUGUCAGAAGGAUCGGCGGGGCUUGCGAGGCGGCUGCUCGCACCUGUGCCUGCCCAACAAAACCUCCCGGAGAUGCGGCUGUCCCAUUGGCCUGUCGCUGAAGGAUGACGGCAAGACCUGCAAGAGCACGGCGGACAGGCUGGUGCUAGUGGCUCGCCGCAAGGACAUACGGUUGCGACAACUCAAGAACAAUCAGGCCGAUCCCGAUGAAGUGGAUAUGAUUGUCCCGCUGGAUAACCUAAAGCAUGCCGUGGCCCUGGACUGGUGCAGCGACACGGACUUUAUCUACUGGACCGAUGUGGAGCGCAGCACCAUUAACAAGGCGCACCUCAAUGGAAGCUACCAGCAGCGGGUGGUGCACUCGAAUCUCGUCUCACCCGUUGGUUUGGCUCUCGACUGGAUUACUGACAAGCUCUACUGGACGGAUCCCUCGACGAAUCGCAUUGAGGUGGCCACCACCAACGGAAAGAUGCGAACUCUGCUCAUUUGGGAGAAGCUGUACAAGCCCAGGGAUAUUGUGGUGAACCCCAUAGAUGGUCUCAUGUUUUGGUCGGACUGGGGUGAUGAUCCUAUGAUUGAACGUGCCAAUAUGGAUGGUCAUGAUCGCGCCAUUAUAUCCUCGAAGAAAUUAAUAUAUCCCAAUGGUCUGGCCAUUGACUAUGAAAAAAGUAAGCUAUACUUUGUGGACGGCGGCACCAAGACCUUGGAAAACAUGAACUUUGAUGGCAGCAAUCGUCAAGUGAUUUUAAAUGGACUUGGACAUCCCUUCGGCUUGGAUGUGAGCGAGGGUCGCGUUUAUUGGACAGAUUGGGACACCAAGUCGGUGAUGAGCGCCAAUAAGCUAACCGGCGGCGAGUCCAACAUAAUCAUUGCAAACACCACUGACCUGAUGGACAUCCGGGUAUUCCAUCGCACUCGCAGGCGUAUCUACAAUGCCUGCGAUAAGUCCAAUGGCGGCUGCUCGCACCUGUGUCUCCUCAAUCCCACCAGCUACACGUGCGCCUGUGCCGUGGGUGUGCAGCUGAAGGACGACAUGCGGACGUGUUCGGAGGGCCCAACCAAGUACCUGCUGUUUGCACAUCGGAUCGAUAUCCGGCAGAUAUCGUUGGACUUUGAUCAUCUAAUCGAUGUGGUCCUUCCACUGCCGCCAAUCUCGAAUGCUGUGGCCCUGGAUGUUGAUCGGAAUACUGGCACUAUAUUCUGGUCAGACACCAUUGAGAACGUCAUCAUGAGCUCCAGUCCCGAUGGCCUUCAUGUCCACAAGGUGGUCGGCGACAGCCUGGAGAACCCCGAUGGCCUGGUCGUUGACUCGAUUGGCAGGACUAUUUACUGGGCCGAUGCUGGACGUCACACCAUUGAGGUGGCCAGCCUGGAUGGCAGCAACCGGCAUGUGAUAGCCUACAAGGAUCUGGAAUCACCGCGUGGCCUGGCUCUGGACUACGAGGCGGGGCUACUGUUCUGGACGGACUGGGGACACAAUCGUAAAAUAGAGCGCUCCCAUUUGGAUGGCAACGAGAGGUCGCGUAUUGUCACAGCCAACUUGGGCUGGCCGAAUGGCCUGUCGCUGGACCUCAAGAGCAAGCGCAUCUACUGGGUGGAUGCACGUCACAAGACCAUCGACUCCUGUGACUAUACGGGGAACCAGCGGAAGUUAAUCAUAUCGUCCCUGCAUCAUCCCUACGCUUUGGCCCUAUCGGACGACAAGAUCUACUGGACGGACUGGAAGUCGAAAGCCCUGCACAUGACCGAUAGGCGCAACAUAACCGCCAAGCGGGAUGUAAUCACGAACAUUGACGGACUGAUGGACAUCAAGGUCAUCUCGCAGGAUCAGCCCAUAAUUGAGAAUGUGUGUGGUCGCAAUAACGGUGGCUGUUCGCAUCUUUGUCUGCGGAAUCCAUCGGGAUAUACCUGCCAGUGUCCCAUUGGACUGAGGUUACGUCAGAAUAGUACAACGCAAUGCCAGAAUCUUCCAGAUGACUACCUUCUGAUUGCCUUGCGUUCUGGAAUUGGCAUGAUUUCCUUGAACUCUGGCGAUUACAUGGAUGUUGUCCUGCCCAUCAAUGGGGUACAUGGCGCCGUUGUCCUGGACUAUCACUACCGAGAGAAUAUCCUAUUUUUCGCCGAUGUCAACCUAGAUGUCAUACGGCGGGUGAAUCUGCUGAACUUCACCGACAGUCGCGUCAUUGUCAGCACUGAUGUACUGACUCCAAAUGGCAUUGCGGUGGACUGGAUAGCAGACAACGUUUAUUGGUCUGACACGGAUCGGAAGUUGAUUGAGGUGUCACGGCUGGAUGGCAGUUCCCGCAAAAGGAUCAUUGAGGAUGACCUGGGCGAUCCACGGUCACUGAUUGUCCACCCAAAAAAAGCCUAUUUAUUCUGGUCGGACUGGAGUUCGCCAGCAAAGAUUGAGCGCAGCUACUUGGAUGGCUCGAAUCGAACGAUUCUGGUCACAUCUGGAAUUGGUUUUCCCACAGGACUUACCAUCGAUUUCGAAAAUCGGCGCUUACUUUGGGCCGACGCCUUGGAGGACAACAUAGGUCAAGUAGAUUUCAAUGGCAAACGGCGACAGACCAUUGUUCCCUAUGCACCGCAUCCCUUUGGCCUGACUAUGUUUGAUAAUAAUAUAUUCUGGACGGACUGGUACAACAAGUCGGUGUAUCGCUCCCAGCGCAUGCCCCGCGGCGUCUAUGGCAAUCCCUUUGAGGUGCGGGAUGCGCUGAGUGGUGCCUUGGACAUACGGGCCGUUUCGCUGGGCCGGCAGCCCAAAAGCUGGAAUCACUGUGCCCAGGAUAAUGGCGGCUGCUCGCACCUUUGUCUAUAUCGCGCCGUCGAUUAUAUAUGUGCCUGUCCCGACCGACUCGAUGCCAAGGACGAGACGCCGUGCUCGACUAAGCCCAAGGUGUUUGUGCAUUCGCGUUUGGACAAGGAUCAGGCACCGGAAUACUCGGACGAAUCCACCGAUGAUUCCAUACCAACCGAGCUGCUGGGUGACCCUGUCCAUGGCGAGGACGAGCAUACCCGGAAAACUGACCACGAACGGGAGUUCUUCGUUCUGGUGGCCCUCGGUGUGGUCAUUGUCAUGGUGGUCAUCACAAUACUUGUGAUUUUUAUGCUUGCCUUCAACACGAGCAGAAAGAAAACGAAGCGCAACUCGCGUGGAUCCAGUCGAUCUGUCCUGACCUUCUCCAAUCCAAACUACAACGUCGAUGGCACGCCCAUGGAGCCCAAGACAAACAUUUGGAAACGAUUCAAGCACGACAAGUCGCAUGAUCGAGUGGGGGUCUUCGAAGAGCGCAGUCUGACAACGGAGACAGCUUCGUCCAGCCUUUUUGUCCCGACACCAUCGCCCAUGGCGUCGCCGUCAACAAAAACAAUCCAACUGACAACGCUCUCGACUAUCACGUAAAUGGCAAAAAAUAGUAAAUAAUAUUACAAAUGCCUUCAAGAAAGCGCAAAAAGCAAAAGAAAGCAAAUCUUCGAGAACAAAAAUGCUCUAUUUUAAUCAACAUCUGUCUGAAGAAUAGAUUAUAUAAGCUGACACAGCCUUUCAAAUUUUUUUUUACCUUUUCUUUUGUCGAUUUCAAAAUAAUGGUAAUCCCGAGUUUUAAACCAUUAAAAAAAAAUACUCCUUCAGCACCAUUAAAUAUAUAUAUUUAUAAGUGGAACCAAGUCCCCAGUCAGAUCACGAAAGGUAUUUUUAAAUAUUUUUUAACAACAAGUUUAUUUCCUGUUUUAUUUCAUUGAUUGAUGUUGAGUUCAUUCUAAAAGUAAAAACUUUGGACUAUAAAGACUAUUACAAUUGAUUCAAAACUCUACGAAACUUUUUUUUGUUUCUGCUUUAUAAUGCAUUUAUUAUUUCGACAUCAUAACUUUCAUUUCAAUAAUCUUAUUUCUUUUAUUUAAAUCAGAGGUGGCCAAAAUCCAUAGAGGUAAGCGCAUGAGAAAGAGAGAGAGAGAGAGAGAGAGCUCACGAAGACCCUUUUGUCCGCAUCUACAUUAAGAUAUUUAUUAAAAUAUUUGAUGAUAAUUGUGAAUAUUUAUUGCUUCAUCAAGGUAGUAUUGUCCAAGUUUUUACAAAUUUUCUUUAUUUAAAAAACAUUUGCAUUUUUGAUUUGUUCUAUGUAAAAAACAAAUCCAAAACACCGUUCGGAUCAACAGUUUUGACAUUGUUAAUGAGAACGAAACCUUUUGUUCGGGGUUUUAAAAUGGGCAAAAAUAUACAACUAAUGAAUAAUGACCUAUUUUAUUAAUCAAAGUAAAACUUAUAUGUAUGUAUGUAAAUUCUUAUUGUACAUGGUACGGUUAUAUAUAUAUAUGUAUGUUCCUAAGAAGCCGUGCAGCGGUCCGUCUGCUUCGUUGAUUUAAACUUAAUUCUCAGGUGUAAAGACAGACACUAGGCUGGAUUAUAUAUGACAGAUCCGUCAUCGAAACUAUAUAUUUGUACAUAGGUUAAAUGAUGAGCAGUUUGUUUUUCGUUUUUAUACUCACAACUUGAUAUCAUCUCUUUUAUUUUUUAAAUAUAUCAAUUGUAAUCGGAAUUCAUGUAAAACGAAAUGUACGUACUGUCAGACCGUUAGCAGCUAUAAAGGGGCAUUUGGUAAAAUUGAAUAUCCUCAGUUUUAAGUAUAUAAUAAUGUGUAAAUACUGAUUAAAAUUUGAAU